AUGGUCCUAGAGUUGCCUACUGAUAUUCCACCACAUAUUCCUGCUGGUGCCAAGAUCUACAAAGAUGAUUGCAUGUACACAUUCGAUACAGCAGAAAAUAAUGAAUUGGGUUUAGACAUUGACUUGAAAACGUACUGUGCCUACUCGAGGAAUAAAGACUACAACUAUACGGCUCAAAACUAUGAAGCAACCGGUGACUACCUAUACUUGAAUAUCAACAAGACUUUGAAACCAAAGGAGGAAAUUGACAAGUUGUUGUAUGACGAUGAAGGGGAAAAAAAUCCCAAAAUUCGCAAAUUGGAAAUAAAGAAUAUCAGUGAAGAUGAUUAUUACAACACCGAAGUCAGUUUGUAUAAUGUGAAAGAGGACAAAUUUUAUCCCAGAUUCGAACUCAGUUCUGCCUUCAACAACCUUUUUGACGAAAUUUUGAACGCAAACUCGUCUAAUGACGAUGAGGAGAUAAAGCAGUGGGAGCAGGAAAUUGUACCAUGCCCACAUUCGAUAAAUGUCGAACAAUUUGGUAUUGAAGAAUCCCCCGACCUUACCAAAUGUAGCCAGUGUGAUUUGAAAGAGAAUCUAUGGAUUUGUUUACAUUGUGGUGCAUUGGGAUGUGGAAGGCAACAGUAUGGAUCAACCAUGAAAGGUAAUAGCCACGCUUUAGCACAUUAUGAGUUGAGUCAACAUCCAGUCGCAUUAAAACUAGGAUCAUUAUCUGGAGACUCUGAGAGCUAUGAUGCGUACUGUUACCAAUGUAAUGAUGAGGUAAAAGUGCCAAAUUUAGCAGCAAUUCUUAAAAAAUACGGCAUCGACUUAGACAAAACCAAAAAAACAGAAAAAUCACUUGUGGAGCUAAACAUUGACCAGAACUUGAAUUGGGACUUUAAGUUGGAUGGAGCUGAUGGUGAUAAGUUACCACCUGUUUAUGGUAAGGGUUUGACAGGAUUGAAGAAUCUAGGCAAUUCGUGCUACAUGAACUCUGUCCUUCAAUCCUUGUUUGAUUUGGAUCUGUACCAAGAAUUUUUCAAACAAUUGAAAGCUAAAUCUGGCGUAAACCCUGCUGAGGAUUUAUCAAAUCAAUUGCUCAAGAUUUACGAUGGGUUGUACAGUGGUAGAUAUUCCAUACCUAGUCCUCUCAAAGGGGAAGACUAUCAGUUGGGCAUCAAACCUUUUGUGUUUAAAAACCUUAUAGGACAAAAUCAUUCCGAGUUCAAGACGCAGAGACAACAGGAUGCAUUUGAGUUUCUACUCUAUCUUUUGGACAACCUUGAUAAUGAAUUUGGUCUCAAACUAAAUGAAGAUUUGAAGUUUGUGUACACGGAAAAGGUUAUUUGUGACAACUGUAAGCAUGGCUCCUUGAAGAAAGAGUUGUUGGACAAUAUAUCAGUUCCGUUGGAGGAAACUUUAUUGAAGAGUGAAGGAGAUCAAAAGAUUUACAAAGAGGUGGAUCUAAUUGAUAGUUUCAAAAAAGUGGCUGGUCCUGAACUGAUCUUAGAAUAUAGUUGCGACAAAUGCCACUUUACUCCCGGAGUUGCUUUGAAAACUAGUGGGUUCACCUCGUUUCCAAAGUAUCUCGUUGUCAGCGUUCAAAGAAUCAAAUUGGAGAAUUGGACACCUGUAAAAACAGACGUUCCUGUGAAGGUACCGUAUGAGUUGGAUCUUUCUCAAUUUGGUGCACCAUCUUUCAAGGACGGAGAGGUGGAGGAAUUGACAUCCAGUUCAGUCGAUGACACUAACCUUUUUACACCAAACGCCGAAUCAUUGAAUACACUCUUGGGUAUGGGAUUUCCAGAGCCUAGAUCCAUCAAAGCGUUAUACAAGACGGGAAACAAUAACGCCGAAGAUGCCAUGAACUGGCUUUUUGAACACAUGGAGGAUGCUGAUAUAGAUGAACCGCUAGACCUUAAGAAGGGAGCUGCAAGUAACCAAAAUGAACCUUCUGAAGAUUCCAUCAACAAUCUUGCUGCAAUGGGCUUUUCAUACCAAUUAUCAAAGAAGGCCUUGUAUUUGAAUGGUAAUGAUCCAAAUGCAGCUGUGGAAUGGUUGUUUGCCAACCCAGAUGACAAUGGUGUAAUUGAAGCAAUUGAUCAACUGCCAGUUGAUGUAAAAAAAGAAAAGCAAGAAUUAUUUGAAAAGUUGCAAAACAAGGGGUCAGAUUCAAAAGGUCGUUAUAAAUUGAAGUCAGUGAUUUGCCACAAGGGUACGUCUUCACACACGGGCCACUAUGUUGCAUUUGUUAGGAAGCUUGUCGAUGGUGAAUGGAAGUGGGUAUUGUUCAAUGACGAGAAAGUAGUUCUUUGCCAAGAAGACAACUUGAAGGAUGUUGAGAAGAAUGCCUAUAUCUAUAUAUUUGAACAAAUUUGA